AUGCAUGAUCUCAGCCGUCGAAUCCACUCGCUCAUCUCCCACCCCCCUCCAGCCCUCAUGCGCCUCGCCGCACUCACAGCCGCCACCUUCCCUCGUGCUCCCUCGCAUUCUUCUCAAGCAUCUGGUGCUGCUGGUUCUGCUUGUGCAAGUCAAUCGCAGCUAUCAGAUUUCCGGGAGGCGUUUCGGAGAGAGGUGUCAGCUCACCAGCUCACCCGUCUGCUACCGAUUCAAAGACAAUGUAAGGACGUCAACCUCUUCUUUGCUCUCCUCUUCCACGCCAUAGCAGCCUUCUCCCCUCACGCCAUCGCUUCCUCCUCUUCCCGCUCCUCUUUCUCCUCUCCAUCCGCCUCUCCUUCCUCCUCACCUCCCGCGUCUCCCUCAUCCCCUCGCACCUCAACCUGCACCGCACGGCCCGCCAUCCAUCUCUCUCGAUUUGACCUCUUCCACUGCCACCUCUUCGCUACCCACUCCUCCGGUCGCCUCGGUGCCCUAUUCCACGCCAAGGAGUAUCCUGCUUUCUGCCCCGACUCCUUCCCCGUCAACCUUGGCUUCUGCCAAUCAGGCUCCCCCGUGCCCUACGAUGCCUCCAUGAGCUUUCGGAACAUUCUUUGGCUCGCUCCAUUCCAUGCCAGCUGGCGCCGCAGCACUGGUGGCAGCAGCACUGGUGGCAGCAGCACUGGUGGCAGCAGAACUGGUGGCAGGAGCAGGAGUGGAAGCAGUUGCAGAAACAUACCUGACACGUACCUGCCAGGAUCCCUCCACAUCCUUGAGACAACUGAGGAGUCGUCGAUCUUGCAUGAGGAGCUGGUUUGUGAAGGGCUCAAGCUUACCCACACUAUCUAUGAGAAUCUGAACCAAUCACAGGCCGAUGGCGAUUCCGAUGUCGUCACUCUGAACAAUGACAACUUUGACGAUUAUGUCGGCAAGGAGGAGGCCGCGUUUGUCAAGUUCUACGCUCCUUGGUGCGGUCACUGCAAGAAGCUGGCCCCAGAGUACGAGAACUUCGCCACCGCGUUCAAGAAGACUAAGUCCGUCGUUAUCGCCAAGGUGGAUUGCGACGAGCACAAGGAUGUGUGCAGCAAGUACGGUGUGAGCGGCUUCCCCACGCUCAAGUGGUUCCCGGCUGGCGAGUCCAAGCCUGAAGACUAUAGUGGCGGACGAGAGGCAUCGGAUCUGGUUGAGUUUGUAAACGAGAAGCUCGGGACACACGUGAAGAUCGCUGCCCCUGUGUCGCAUGUGCUUGCUCUCGACCCUUCCAACUUCGACAAGGUGGUUCUUGACACCUCCAAGCACGCUCUCGUCGAGUUUUACGCUCCUUGGUGCGGCCACUGCAAGUCCCUCGCUCCUACGUACGACAAGCUGGGCGCGGUGUUCAAGGCGGACAAGAACGUGGUCAUCGCCAAGGUGGACGCCGACUCGCACCGCUCCCUGGGCGAGAAGUACGGCGUGUCGGGCUUCCCGACGAUCAAGUGGUUCCCGGCGGGCAACAAGGACGGCGAGGACUACAACGAGGGCAGGGACCUGGCGGACUUCGUCAAGUUCAUCAAUGAGAAGACCGGCACCAGCAGGACCGUCUCUGGCAGCCUCCUCGAGACGGCGGGGCGCAUUGCUGAGCUGGACGAGAUUGCUACUGCCUUCGCUGCGGCGAAGGAGGGAGAUAGGGCCAGUCUCAAGGCUAAGGCUGAGGCAGUGAAGGUGGCCGAUGACAAGGCCAAGCAUGCGGCCAUCUACGUCAAGACCAUGAAGAACAUCAUUGAGAAGGGAGCUGACUACGCUGAGAAGGAGGUGGCUCGCCUCACCCGCGUGCUUGCAGGGUCCCUCAAGCCAGAGAAGGCUGACGACUUCACCAUCCGCAAGAACAUUCUUACUGCUUUUGUUUAG